AUGGCCACCAACAUCAGCAAGAAGCGCAAGUUCGUCGCCGAUGGCGUCUUCUUCGCCGAACUCAACGAGAUGCUCGUCCGCGAGCUCGCCGAGGACGGGUACUCCGGCGUUGAGGUUCGCGUCACGCCGAUGCGCACGGAGAUUAUCAUUCGCGCCACGCGAACCGCGAACGUGCUCGGCGAGAAGGGCCGACGAAUUCGUGAGCUCACGACGCUCGUCCAGCGACGAUUCGGUUUCGCCGAAGGCACCGUUGAGCUCUACGCGGAGAAGGUGAACAACCGCGGGUUGUGCGCGAUCGCCCAGUGCGAGUCUUUGCGCUACAAGCUCCUCGGCGGUCUCGCCGUGCGACGUGCGUGCUAUGGCGUGCUUCGUUACAUCAUGGAGUCUGGCGCCAAGGGUGCGGAGGUUGUCGUCUCUGGUAAGCUUCGCGGCCAACGUGCGAAGGCGAUGAAGUUCAAGGAUGGUUACAUGAUUUCUUCCGGUAACCCGGUUCGUGACUACAUUGUGUCUUGCACCCGUCACGCGUUGCUCCGCCAAGGUACCAUCGGUAUGCGCGUUAAGAUCAUGCUCGACCACGAUCCGAAGGGCCGCGACGGCCCGUCCACGCCGAUCCCGGACACCGUCGUCAUUCACACUCCGAAGGAGGACGAAGACAUGGCCAAGCCGUACGUUGGUAAGGAGUUGGACAUGUAA